AUGGCACUUGCUCACAACGGCAUCAUUAGAGGCCUCAACUCAAUUUACCUUCAAGCACCGAACCUACCAGCAAACGAUACGGUCGUUGCCCGAGAUUUCCUGAUCUACUGCCAGUGUUGGAGCGAGAGCAUGCAUCACCACCACGAUGCUGAGGAAGAAAUAUUCUUUCCAGAUAUUGAGAACGUCACCAACGUCAAAGGAGUCAUGGAACAGAAUGUAGAACAGCAUCGUGCCUUUACUCCGGGAUUCGAUAAGUUUUACGACUAUUGCAAGACCUGCCCACCUAAAGACUACGAUGGAGCAAAGUUGAGGAGUCUAGUGCAAGACUUUGCGGAACCACUCGUUAAACACCUUCACGAUGAGAUCGAGACACUUCGAGGAUUGGAUAAGUACGACAGCAAGAGAGUCAAACAAGCUUACGGUCGACUGGAGAAGAGCUUGAUGGCAACUGACAAUGUCAGUAACAUCUCUGUCCGUCCACAUCUCAAAUUACUGACUCUCUAUUAG